AUGGAGCACAAAGUCAUCUCUCUGGUAAAGAAACAGCUGAAGAGGUUUAAGAAGAUCCUGAAGAAACUGGCCCCAUUUUGUCAAAAAAAACUGAAAUCUGCUCUAAAGGAAAAUUUUAAGACAAUCAAUGAAGGAAUCUCAAAUCCUGGAACCUCCACCCUUCUGAAUGAGAUCUACACAGAGCUGUACAUCACAGAGGGAGGGAGUGGAGAGGUCAAUAAUGAACAUGAGGUCAGACAGAUUGAAGUAGCAUCCAGGAGACCAGCAACACAGGAGACACCCAUCAAAUGUAACGACCUCUUUAAAGACCCGUCCAUCAGAACUGUGCUGACUAAAGGAGUUGCUGGAAUUGGAAAAACAGUCUCUGUGCAGAAGUUCAUUCUGGACUGGGCUGAAGGAAAAGCCAAUCAGGAUUUUCUCUUCAUAUUUCCACUUCCUUUCAGAGAGCUGAAUCUGAUGAAAACUGAAAAACUCAGUCUGGUGGAUCUUCUUCAUCAAUUUUUCAAAGAGACAAAAGAAUUAAAACCAGAAGACUAUCAUCACUACAAAGUCAUGUUCAUCUUUGAUGGUCUGGAUGAAUGUCGACUUCCUCUAGAUUUCCAGAACAAUAAGAGAGUAUCUGAUGUAACACAGUCAGCCUCAGUGGAUGUGCUGCUGACAAACCUCAUCCAGGGGAACCUGCUUCCCUCUGCUCUCCUAUGGAUAACUACUCGACCAGCAGCAGCCAAUCAGAUUCCUCCUGACUGUAUUGACCAGGUAACAGAGGUACGAGGGUUCAGUGACCCUCAGAAAGAGGAAUACUUCAGGAAAAGGAUCAGAGAUCAGAGCCUUGCUGAAAGAAUCAUUACACACAUGAAGUCCUCCAGAAGCCUCUACAUCAUGUGCCACAUCCCAGUCUUCUGCUGGAUCUCAGCCACUGUUCUAGAGAGGAUGUUGGGUGAAGCAGAGGGAGGAGAGAUCCCCAAGACUCUGACUCAAAUGUUCACACACUUCCUCAUCUUUCAGAUCAAACACCGCUUCCAGAAGUACCAAAGAGAAAGUGAUGUUGAUCUAAAACAGACUAGAGAGAUUAUUCUGGCUCUGGGAAAACUGGCUUUCCAACAGCUGGAGAAAGGAAACCUGAUCUUCUAUGAGGAAGACCUGAGAGAGUGCGGAAUUGAUGUCAGAGAAGUGUCCGUGUACUCAGGAGUGUGCACCCAGAUCUUCAGACAGGAUUUUGGGCUGCACCUGGGGAAGGUUUUCAGCUUCGUGCAUCUGAGUGUUCAGGAGUUUCUGGCUGCUUUAUAUGCAUUUCUGUCCUUCAUCUCCAACAACAGAAAUGUGCUGCAACAGAAAAACAGUGAAUUAUUUAGUUUCUCCAAAAAGGGAACAAUGUCUGACUUCCUGAAGAGCGCAGUGGACAAGGCCUUACAGAUUGAGAACGGACACCUGGAUCUUUUCCUCCGCUUCCUUCUGGGUCUCUCACUGGAGUCCAAUCAGACUCUCUUACAAGGUCUUUUGACCCAGACAGAGAACAUCUCUUACAGCAAAGAGGAAGUAGUGGAGCACAUCAAGCAGAAGAUCAGGGAGAAUCCCUCUCCAGAGAAAACUAUCAGUCUGUUCCACUGUCUGAAUGAACUGAAUGAUCAUUCUCUAGUGCAGGAAGUCCAAACAUACCUGAAUAGAGGAGGUUUCAGGGGUCUCAGAGGAGUUAAGUUCUCUCCAGAUCAGUGGUCAGCUGUGGCGUUUGUGAUGCUGAAUUCAGAAGAGGAGCUGGAUGAGUUUGACCUGAGGAAAUAUGGUGGGACAGAGGAAUGUCUUCUGAGGUUGAUGCCAGUGGUCAAAGAGUCCAGAAGAGCUGAGCUGGAUGGGUGUGAUCUAUCAGUGAAAAGCUGUGCAGCUCUGGCCUCAGCUCUCAGCUCAAACUCCUCAACUCUGAGAGAUCUGAACCUGAGUAAUAAUAAACUACAGGAUUCAGGAGUGAAGCUGCUCUCUGCUGGACUGAAGAGUUCACACUGUAAACUGGAGAAACUGGAGCUGUGGGAGUGUGAUCUUUCAGAGAAAAGCUGUGCAGCUCUGGCCUCAGCUCUCAGCUCAAACUCCUCAACUCUAAGAGAACUGAACCUGAGUAAUAAUAACCUACAGGAUUCAGGAGUGAAGCUGCUCUCUGCUGGACUGAAGAGUUCACACUGUAAACUGGAGAAACUGUGGUUGUAUGGGUGUAAUCUAUCAGAGAAAAGCUGUGCAGAUCUGACCUCAGCUCUCAGCUCAAACUCCUCAACUCUGAAAUAUCUGAACCUGAGUAAUAAUAAACUACAGGAUUCAGGAGUGAAGCUGCUCUCUGCUGGACUGAAGAAUCCACACUGUAAACUAGAGAAACUGGAGCUGUAUAACUGUGAUAUUACCAAAGAAGGCUGUGCUGCUUUAGCUUCAGCACUGAAAUCAAAGCCCUCACUCCUGAGAGAGCUGAAUCUGAGAGGCAAUAAUCCAGGAGAGUCAGGAAAGAAGCUGCUUUCUGAUCUACAGAAGGAUCCACAAUUUAAUUUAAAGAUACUCCGCAUCUGACUGCAGGACUAUCCUGCUCCUAUUGACCACUAGAGGCGCUUUACAAGUGACUCCAUUUCCAGUAUCCUGUGCAUCACCACUAUCUGUGCAUCUUCCUGUUCUCUAACAGUCAUUAGUAUGAAGUUUCUGGGGUUAAUAAACUGCUUUCAUCAUAUUUAUUACAGUUAAACAGUCAGUUCACACUAUGUUAGCACUUCUUCAUCAGCACUUUAUUUGUGUAAAAAAUUACAUGACCCCUAAAAGGUGAUCUUACAUUUUUGAUGGUUUGCUUUCUUAAUCCUGUUUAUGUUCAGUUCUGUACUUCUUCUACUGAAGCUGCUUUGAGUCCACUAGCUUGCCGUUACAGGGUUUAUCCUGUAGGGGGCGCUGUGAACUCGGGGUAAUUACUAAAACAUCCAGCUCUGAUUCUCCGAUUCCAGAAGCAGUUUGGAGAAUGAAUGAUUGAUUAAAUUGAGGGAUCACUUUAUGUUUCUAAUCAUUGUUUUGUGAAUUGAAGCUUUCCUAACUCUGUAAAAAUGUUGUAAGAGCAUAUAAUAUAUAAACAGGUAGAAAGAGUUUAUAAUUAAUGUAAUAUUAUAUUCAGAGUCAGUCAUGAAAUGCUGAACAUAAUAUCACAGUGUCCUAAAAUAAAAUAAUGAUAAUAAAUAAUAAAUAUAAACACAUUCUACAUCUAAUCGAUGUAACUGAUAGUAAGUGUCAGUGUUUAUAAUAAGCAGCUCUGUGAUUGUUCAGCAUGAGAAUAAAAUCCACAGUGAAAGUGCUGCACCGAGAGUCUGGAUCCAGUCAAGAACAGAUAUUUUACUGCUGAAAUAAAGUCAGUUAUUAGAGGCAGGUUGGGGGAAAUUUACUGAAUUAUUUCUACUUUUACUAACAACACUUCAGAAAAACAGAGAGCUCUCCUUAAAUAGACCCAAACACACGUGGAGCAGAUGAUGAAUGAUGAGAUAAGAGUAAGCUCUCUGCCUCCCUCUGGUGGUGGAAACCAGUCUAGCAGCAGGUCUGGAUUCAGGCUGAGUGGUGUCUCUCUGCCUCCCUCCUGUGGGGGGAUGAUAUUUCUCCCUCACAGCUACUGUCUGUAAUGAUCAUGUUUGCAGUGUAAAAAGGGACUUUUAGC